AUGAGCCCCAAAAGACCCAUUAGGGCAACAGCGACAAGCAAACCCCAACCCCAACCCGUAACCUCAGGACGCAUUACACGACCCCGAAAGUCUCGGCCUACAAAGACCACUACUUUCACCCGUAUAUCCAAUCCUACAGCGCAUACCCACUCACACCCUCACCCGGAGCGCCAAGAACAAGAAACAGAAGGCCAACCCCCAGCCUGGGCCGAGAACAGACCCGAACUCUGCGAUGCCCUGCCCUGGUUCCGCUCCGUGCAAGGCGGAGUCUAUCAUAACGGGAACAUAUGCUGGGGGUUCCUGAUCGAUGCGGACUGUGGGAUACGGUCGUAUUUGGAUGAUGAGGUGGUUAUUACUCGUGUCGGAGGCGGCUGCACCAAAGAUGCAAACGGGGACCUAGUGCUCAUCAAGGACCAGGAUGGCGAUAGUGCGGCGAUGAGCAGUAUACUGACUAGUAUGGAGUUAAAUGUUCCGGUGGGGAUUGUGAUUGGAAACCGCAACACUCUUCUAAACAGAUCCCUCCCGCACCGAUACAAUGUCAUGGCGUAUUUCCGGAUCACGCACGUGUGGUACGAACGCAUCGGUAGAAGAACGGGUGCAAAGGUCCGGUUCGAGAAGAUGGAUCUGGGUAGUAAGAGCUGGUGGGCUGCGAAGCAUUCCCCCUCUCCCUUGGAGAGAAAUAAGAGGAAUUAUGCAAUGCAGGCAGAGCAGGCCCGCUGCGGAGCGUGCAAUCAAUAUAGCGUACGCAUAUACGAUCAAGGUUGGAUGUGUCUGCAGCCAUCUUGUAAACUCUUCUGGACGAUCAGUGGCUCGUCUUCAGCACCAGCGGAUCUCAUCUUCCACGAGAAAUUCCUCAAAUCCCGUCUCCCUCAGGACCCAACUAUCCAGCCACAUUACAGCCUCGUGCCGGACUUACUUUCCACAUUGAAAGAUGCUGAUAGCGAUGCGUUGUCGAAGAGAAUUACUUGGAAAGGGAUUAUAUGUCCCCUCUGCAGGCGGUGCAUUUCCCGGCGGUUUUGGUGGGGAUGGCGAUGCGCCGAUGAUGAUGCCGUCAGGGACAGGGACGGGGAGUGGAAGUGUCCCUUUGAGCACAUUCUACCCAUACGACCUAUCGCUCUCCGAUGGGUAAUAGAUGACAUGGAAAUGAGCCCCAUUAAGCGUGCGCUUAGCUGGGACGCGAAGUUCAUGGUUCCGGAGGUUGACGAUGUAUCUCUCUAUCCGUAUAGAAAGCUCACGUAUACUAUUCCCGGGGUGGGGAGUAUCAUGCAUUUAGUUGCGAAUCGCGAGAUAAAUACCCGGCGUAAUGGGCCGGAUAAGUUAUUUGAACAGUUGCAGUGCGAGGAGUUGGGGUUGAGGAGGUAUCCGUUGGCGCAGAGUGUGGUUGCCGGGACAUUGACUGCUCAUUUCGCUGUUAAUUAUGGUAUGCCAUACAAAUACGUCGUCUCCGUCUCCUCAAAAUCCUUCAAGGAAGCCUGUCCCCCAAUUUUGCGGGCCAUGGGCCGCCUAACCUGGGCCAGCAAGCAAGCCCAUCUCGCCGCUGGGGAUACCUUCCUUCCGCCAAACGAAAUGCUCCUGUUGGGGUAUCUGGAGGAUAUGAGAAUCGGGUACCACGACGACGGCGAAUCCUCCCUCGGACCAACGAUCUCCACCCUCUCUUUAGGCGCAAAAUCCACCAUGCUCGUGCGCAUGAAAUACAAAUACUACCAUGGCUACAGCAGAGCGAAGAAACUCCUCGAAGAGGAUCCGGUCUUGCCUGGAUGCAAGAAUUAUCUCCGGCGGAGGGAGCUCAAGGCCGGGUUGCUGAGUGGGAGUAUUGAUCGCGAGGGGUAUGAUGAGCUGAGGCGUGAGGGACUGUUGAGUAUGAAGAAAGGUGGUACUGGUGGGGGAGGGGAGGCGACGCCGUGUAUUAAGAUGGAGGUGAAUCAUGGAGAUCUGGUGGUUAUGACUGGGGAGGGGUUGCAGAAGUUUUUUGAGCAUUCGGUUAUUCCGGAUAAGAGAUUGAGGUUUGCGUUGACGGCGAGGUAUAUUAAGCCGGAAUUUGUGGGGGUCGAGGAGAUGGAAAAGGGGAGGUUGGACUUGGGGAGGGAGUGGGCUUAUGAUGGGAAGUAG